AUGAAUGGUGAAAGUAUACUAAAAUUCUCAGGCCAAGGAGUGUGUAAAUACGAUGUUUGGAACCCCUUGAAGAGGAAGAUGAUAAAGAUCAGGAACUUUUACAGCCAGUUUUUUUCUAAUGACGAUACCUUGGAAAGCCAAAUGACUGCCUAUAUUUCAUCUUCUCCCGAUGAAGUGACACAGCCUGCUUCAACGUCCCAAAUUGUUACAUACAGCAUUUCUGAGGAAUUGCCUGUGUUUAAUAAUGAAGAGGAAAUACCUGCAUUUGAAGAUGAAGAAAUAUCAGCAACAUAUUUGAAAGAACAAUUCAUUGCUAGUAUUAGGGAAUAUAUGCUUCAGAUUUUUUCUGAUCCAUCAAUAUUAAAUGCUAGUUUGCAUGCAGUAAUUAUUAAUCAACUUGGUCAUCAGGAAGUUGGAGAAGGCACAGGAGUCUUGAGGGAAAUGUUUUCUUUGUUUUGGAAAGAGUUCUAUGAGUCGUAUAUGUUGGGUGAGAGUGAGAGAGUUCCCUAUAUAAGGCACGAUUUUAACAGGGCAAAAUGGAAAGCUGUUGGGAGAAUACUUGUGAAAGGUUACAGUGAGUGUCUUUAUUUUCCCUAUCGGUUAAGCAAAGUUUUUCUUAUUGCAUGUCUUUUUGGCGAAAGUAAUGUGACCAGCCAAAUGCUGCUGGAUUCAUUUAAGCAUUACUUGUCUCAUUCUGAAGCUAGUAUAGCAGAUGCAUGUUUGAAUAAUAGCAUUCAAUGUGAAGAUGAUGAGUUACUUGAGUUUUUGUCAGCAUUCGAUUGCAAGCGAAGAAUUACAGAAAAUAGUCUUAUAGACAUAGUAACGUGGUUGCCCAUAAAGAAAUAAUACAGAAACCCCAGUAUGUAGCUGAUUGUUGGGGAUUGAUUGUAUCUGACCUUAAUUAAAAAGCAUUUUCCAGAUGUUUGCUCAGUUAACAGAUUAUAUGAGUCCAUUGUGCCAACUAAUGCUAAAGUUAUUUCCAUGCUUCAAGCAAGUCCAGUAGCCCCAGCCGAGGGGGAAACCUUAGCCCACAUGAAGAGGUUUAUUAGAGGUUUAGAUGAGGGAAAGCUUGCUACAUUCUUAAGAUUUACUACUGCGUCUGAUAUGCUUCUCACUGAUACUUUGAAAAUAGUUUUUACCAGUUACGAGGGCCUUCAGAGAAGACCAGUUGCUCAUACAUGUGGCUUUACCCUUGAAGUACCAAGCACAUAUUCAAACUUUUGUGAGUUAAGAGAGGAGUUUAUGGGAAUUUUGAGUGCAGAUGGGUGGGAAAUGAAUAUAGUUUAA